AAGGCACCCGGUCAAGCAUCCUCGCCAUUUGGCACGCUGUCGUGUUACGUUGCAUUGCUCGUAUUCGACUCUCUAGCCAGUUAGUUGGAACGCAUCGGUAUUUUGGCAUAACCAUCCAAAUAUACUAUUCCAUCCGACUACGCUAUCGUGUUCUUCCUUGGUCUCGUAUUCGUGGGUAUAUAACAAGUUCGAAUAAUUAGUGAUUGGUCUUUGCGUCUGUCAAGUUCGCACCAGGACAAAUCCUAAAUUGGUGAGCCCGACGUGAUCACCCGACGUGAUCACAUAUCCCGACCAAUAACAAGUAUUGAAUUGGUGAGCCUGUUCCAUUUUAUAUUUGUUUAUUGUUUUCAUUUCGAUAACAUUUAUAUAUCCAUUUACUACACUUUCUCAUGUCCGACCACACUCCCAAGCUUAUUCGUAUUAAGCCGACUACGAACACGAUCCAACUCGUGCCAUAUUGGCCAGACAAUGCAGAAACAUGGUUUCUGUAUGCCGAGGCAGAUUUUCGAGAACAGGGUGUCUCAGAUCCUCAUUCUCGAUUUCUUGCUGUCAUACGGUCACUACCGCGAGAAUUAAACAGGUAUGUUACAGCAAACAUGUUUAAUCCUGAAGUAAGUGACCCUUAUGCACUUCUAAAGGCCGCACUCUUGAAGAAAAGCGAUCUCACAGAUCGCCAACGUCUAGACGAAUUGCUUCGUAACAUCGAGCUAGGCAGCCACUCAGCUACUGAAGUCCUCGCACGCAUGCGAGAAGUAAUCGGUGCACGAACAUUUGACGAUGGUUUCUUCCGAGAACUAUUUCUCUCGAAACUACCACAACCGGUGCAAACCGUGUUGGUGACACUCCAGUCAGUCCCACUCGACGACCUGGCAGCCUCAGCAGAUAAAAUACUGGAGAUAUCCAGCAGACCAGUCUCCAACGUAUAUUCUAUCUGCGACAAAACAGAGCGCCAGGAUUCAGAGGUGACCAAGUUGUGCAACUCUGUGAAACGGUUGCUACGAUCUCGAAGUCCUAGAUCACGUAGCACUUCACGGAAACGCACCUUGGCGCAUCGCAGCAAGUCGCGUGGUAGCCCUAAAACGAAACCCAACAGGGUGGAAAACCCUGAAUGGUGCUGGUUUCAUAACACUUACGGGGAUGAAGCCAGAAAAUGUCGUAAACCAUGCCGUUUUAAGAAGGACCCGAACUCGGGAAACGGUCACGCCGGCACGUGCUCACGGCAACCGUAGCCGGCGGAAAAAGCCGUUUGCUCUACGUCACCGAUAUUAAAACGAAAGUCCGCUACCUCGUCGACACCGGCGCAGAAGUUAGCGUUCUUCCAGCAACGACAAAGGAGCGUCAUCUUGACCCAUCCUUCAAUCUUCAAGCAGCCAACGGCAAGGCAAUCGCGACAUUCGGGAGACGGUAUGCCUACCUCAACUUAGGUUUACGCAAACCUAUCCACUGGAUUUUCCUCCUGGCAGACGUCUCUAUGCCCAUCAUUGGCAUAGAUUUGCUAAACCAUUACGAUCUACUCGUAGAUGCUCGCCGUCGACGACUGAUAGAUAACAGCACAAAGUUAUCUAUUGGCGGCACCACCUAUGUAGGUCCGAGUUUAGCCAUCGUUAGGACUAAACAAUCAGACGACGCGUCCUACCAGGCAGUUCUGGAGAAAUAUCCAGAGUUACAGCAACCGAAGCACACUCUUCCGUGCAUAACCAGCAAUGUUAUGCAUCACGUCACAACCACAGGUCCACCUGUGGCAUCCAAAGCGCGCCGUCUAGCCCCCGAUAAGCUCCAAACGGCGAAAAAUGAAUUCGACCACAUGCUCGACCUGGGCAUUAUCAGACCGUCGAACAAUCCUUGGGCAUCGCCAUUGCACAUGGUUCCCAAAAGGAUAGCAGUGACUGGCGUCCAACCGGUGAUUACCGAAGGCUCAACGCCAAAACAACUCCGGACUCCUACCCGAUACAUCAAUACAAACCCUCGUAUACUUUGCCUUUUUAUAUCAAUUUUUAUUUACCAUGUAAUGAAAUUUUAAAAAAAACGGUAAAGAUAAGCGUAAAUUUUUAUUUUUCGAUAUGUUGAUAUAUAA